UGAGUCGCGCGAUCGAACGGUUCGGUGCUAUUGGAUUGGAUUAUUUUCGGGCUUGCGAUCGUAUUGAAGACAAGAAGAUCGAAGGGUUGAAGGACUUUCCAACGGGGUUUGAAGAUGGUGGAGACGGCGGUGACGAAGGCGGCAUCGAUGACCAAACUGGCCAUCGGGAAGCCGAGUGAAAUUGUGGUCACACCGGCGCCAAAUGGAACCACCAGCGAUGAUCACUACAAUCCGUCCGUGAGAAUUCUGCACAUUCCGAAGCAGCCGGACGGGUCGUGUGGGUUUCAUCUGUCCCGCAGCAAGUGGGAUCCGUAUCCUUGGGUCAGUGGAGUGGACGAAGAGUCGCCGGCUGAGGUGACCGGAUUGAAGGCCGGUGACUGCGUGCUUGAGGUCAACAACGAGGACGUUCUGGGCAUGCGAAUCGCCGAAGUGGCCGGCAUGGUGCGCUCCAAAACGGACACCGUCACGCUUCUCCUCUGGAGCACCGGCAUGGAACCGACCUGCAACCCGGAAUCCCUGUGCUGCGGCCCGAUGCCCAUCAACCUGGAGCGCCUCUCGGCCAGCAUGCAAACCAUCGUGGCGGCCCUCGAGUGUCCGGUCUGCUUCGACACGAUCCCUCCGCCGGUGUUCCAGUGCCAAAAUGGCCACCUGGUUUGCUCGCGAUGUCGCGUCCGGUCGGAAAAGUGCGCCAUCUGUCGGGAAAAGUACACCGUCGGGAGGUCGCUGCUGGCCGAGCAGGUUUAUCAGUCGAUUACGGAGGCGUUUCAGCUGAGUGAGGGCGGGGACGGGAAGCUGCGGGAACGCCUUUUUGGGGCCAAGUGCAACCGGAAGAGCCGCGCCGGCGGAAGUCCGUUUAAUAGUGAGGGAAAUCUGCCAUCUGGCGGGAAACCGCUGCACUCGCACACGCACAAGUUUCUGGCGAAGAUCAUGGGCAAGGCUUCUUCGGUGGGGAACUUGAGCAAAGCGGCCUGUGGGGAGUCCUGCGGGGGAGAUCUGCAAUCGCUGAAGGGGAAGUCGCUGUCGCUGUCGUCGAGUGAGAUUUUCAACCGCGACAACACGGUGUCCGUUCCCCGCUGCACCUCGGCCAACCGGCUCGCCCCGGAACUGACCAGCUCCUGCAACAGCCUGUCCGCGGUCACAUCGACCACCCCGCGCCGACCAACCUCGUCCCUGUCGUGCAACGUUUCGGCCGAAAGCCUGAGCAGCAUCCCAGAAAACGGUGGCCUCCAGCUGGUGGUGCCAUCUUCCGUCAACGGUCACAAACAGCGAAUCGCCGGAAUUGAACCCGAGUGCAGCUUGUGCUGUCCUUGCGGCGAGUAUUGCAACGAUAAGAUCGGUGCUUCCGAGCUGGACCGGCACGUGACCGAGCGCCACCGGACGCCAAUCAUUUCGUUUGGGACGGCCUCGGCGGAGAUUUCGCUCCCGCCCAGGACACCUGUUGACAACGCCUGUCUGGUGCUGGUGCUGGACGGUCGUAAAUUUUGGCUGAAAUUAAUCUCGGAUCCGAGCUCCAUCGGCGAUAUCUUCAUCUCGGCGCUGUUCCAGGGCGGCGAAGCGGAAAGCCGCAACUACGCGCUCGAGGUGGUCAUCCGGAAAGCCGGCCCCAACCACAUCCUGGGCAAGGAGCUCAUCUCCCGGUCCGAGGUGCACCCGAUGCAGGCCAAAUCGUGGAAUGAUAUUAGCAACAUCCGGAGUGGCGUGUUCUACUCGGCCGACUCCAUCCGGUCUACGUUUGAGCCGGAAACGGAAAUCCUCCUGAAGGCCAGCAUCAAACGGUUGGCAGAUCUGUAGUUUGAAGAGUUUGAUUUUAAUUAUCUUUUUUUUUAUUUA